GAAGUUUGCAUGCACAUUUUUGGCUUUUUAGAAUGCCUCGACAUCGAGCUCCAUGCUUCUCUACUCCUGGCUGCGCGUAGUCUGUCGGGAAAACUGCGAUUUGGGGGGUCGGACGGAAGAUCGAGGUGGAGCCGCGCAUUCUUAGCCACUGCUCCGCCUCUUGAAACUGCGAGGAAAGUGUUGCGAAGAGGUAAGGGAAACUGCGAAAUUGUGAAUUCCUUAGCGCUGUCCCUUUGAACUCGAUCCUUGCUCGCGAACAAACCUGACGCAGCUUUGGAAAAUCUUGUCGGAAACGCGUUCGGUGUCGCGUCUUUGAACGCCGACCACCUGAAAGAGCGCCGUCUUCCUAUUGGCUGCGUGGUCUGCGUGGACGCGGUGCUGUUCCACGUCGUUUCUUCGUGACUCGUGGCUGUCGUGCGGGGUUUGGGGAAUUCGGCGAAUCGACGCGAACGGAGUAGCUCGACUGCUUUCUUGACUUCCGGUAGCCAAAAAGUGGCGAAAAGCGUUUCCGAUCUUCGUGGUUUGAGCAAGUUGUACAGUUGCUGACUCUGCUCCGUUUUUGCGCCCUCCAACCCCACGGCGUUUCCCCCCGAAAAUGGAAGAGCAGUCUCAACUCUGGUGAGACAUGCUUCAGGAAGAACGCGGCAUUUGCUGGGGUAUUUACCAACGUUUUUUCCUACAAGUUCUUGUCACUGAUUUCGAUUUUUUGACGUGAAUGACAUGACCGAGCUCCGCGAGCCCGCCUAAGUUCGCUUCUGCGUCUCUCCGCGGGGCUGCAUUUUAUUAACAUCUUGUUUUGUGACUAGCAUCCGUUAUCGUCGCUUUUUCGGCCUGAUUCGUUUCCACGUCGCUGUUUCCCCGCGCUUUUACUCUAGGUCAGAGACCCGAGCGGCUCUUUUCCGGAAUGCGCGAUUGUCGUCGGGUAUGUCUUGCGCAGCUCGAUUUUUUCCUUGACACCGCGAAAGUCCAAGGUACUGUCGUCGUUGGCGUUCAUUUUUCUCGGACAUUUGAGUCCUCAUUCCGCUCGCGCGCUCAGUCUGUUCCCGCCGCGUGUUUGGCUGGGGGUUGCGCAGAACUCGAGCCCACGUUGUCUUACCAUUUCUCAAAUACACCAUGUGUCCGCCGUCUGCCGCAAAGCCCGUCGCUUCGUACUGUGACUCAGGCGCAGGCGCUCCUUCCAGUGAUGCUGCGCUGACCUUGCCGGCCGACGCGCAUGCUGGGAAACUGUCCUCUGGCGAGAGCCGCGAGAAGGAAACGGGGGAGGCCGCGUUUCUUUGCGCUGGAGUUUCCGCUAAACCCUCGCUGCCUCCGAGCAUGUUGUCCGGUCUGUCCCCCGAGAUGGCUUCCUCCCUGCGGACGUCGCGAGCCUCGUCCAGCACCGACCAGGACACGGAAAUGUGUGUCGAAGUAGAGCGCGACGUUUCGACAGAGCCGGAGAGGACUGGAGUCUCAUGUGAAACGCUCGUGACUUCUACCCCGGUGGUCACCACCGGCGGUGAGGAGGGGGAAAGUGAGGGCGAGAGCGACGACUUUAGCACCUGCGUCGCGGAAGAUCGCGACUUCACCCGUGUAGACGAUGGCACGUCUGCACAGGAGAGCGCGGAUUCGAGAGGCGCAGACAGUGCAUGCGUAAAGAGCGAGUGGGCUUUCUUCGAAGCCCACUCGAGUUGGCGUGUGAGUGUCGUCCAGGACGCGAAUGAUUUAGAGAACGCGUCGAACGAGGACACGGAGGCGGCCUCCCAAUGUCGUCUGCCUGCAGUGUCGAGGCCGAAGGACAAGACGGGGGAGAACGACUUCGACGACGAGGAGACUUCUCGCGAUCUCUCGAUUCUUCAGGAGAAUGAGUCGACCUGCUGCCAAGAGGCUACGGACGACGCAAACGAAGAGACGCCGCGAGGCUGUGCGCUCUGUCGGGGAGAGUCGGACUGUAUCGGGGACAGUUGCUGUGGCUUCGUGCGCUCGCGGGAUGAACGGGAGGAAGGCCCGACAGAAAGUUCCCUCGAUGUCACGAAUCUCUCGCGUCUACAGACGGAAGAGAACGAGGACGCUCCCUCGUCUGUGCCGGAAACGCCGAGAGGCUGUCCGGUGUGCAGAGUCGACGUGGACUUUGGGGGCGGACUCGAGGAGAACUCCUGUUGCUGGCAAGCCAGAGACGCGGAAGCCGUCGAACUGCAUGCAGCGGACAAGCAAAUGGGGAAGCUGUUCACUUCUCUCGAGUAUCUGCGCCACCAGGAGCAGAGCUGCGGAUCUCUUGAGUCCGACACGUACGAAAGCGAAGACGAGGAGAGUUCCUACCCCUCGCCUCGGUGCUUCCCCAGCUUGCCGGAGGAGUCUUUCUCUCGGCAAGAAACUGUUUUCAUCUUCGACUGGGAUGACACGCUUCUGCCGAGCUCCUGGAUCAGUCAGAAGGGCCUGACGCUCGAGAGUGCAGAGUCCGAAGUCUGUCUGUGGCGAAUGAAGCUCGCGCAAACAGCCAUGUGGGCGGAACAGACGCUCUUCACCGCCAGAAGUCUAGGUCAAGUUAUCAUCGUCACCAACGCAGAGAGUGGAUGGAUCGAUCUAUCCUGCAGCAAAUUCCUCCCGGAACUACGCGAGAUGCUCAACUGCUUCCCCAUUGUCUCAGCCAGAAGCAUGUACGAAAGCGCAUGGUGCAAUACGCCCUUCAUGUGGAAGGAGGCGGCCUUCAUGCACGAACUCCAGCGUCACUUCCGGAUGGAGAGCAAACGCUGGAACGUCAUCUCCGUUGGGGACAGCACUCACGAACGCGAAGCUCUGUUGACCGUUUGCAGUCGCCUGCGCAAGAUGUACCACGUCACCACAAAAUCGCUUAAGCUGCUCGAGUCGCCAGCGGUGGAGGAACUCCACAGUCAACACGAGCUCAUGUCCAAGUGCCUCGCUGCUGUCGCUCGACACAAGGGGAACUUGGAUCUGUGCAUAACGAAUGCCGCAGAACCGGAGAUUGAUCCCGCAGCUGUAAAGCUUCCGCCGGCCCUUCAGGGACGCGCUGUUGGUGUUCAUCGCAUUCGCCAUCAUCCCUUGUCCCAGGAACUGCUUGGUCGCGCCUAGAGGUGCUUGCGUUUUUCGCGUGAAGGAAGCGCCUAGCCAAAUCGCGAAAUGGUGUUUCCUCGAAGUCCCGCUUCGCUGAAUCGCAGAUACGGUCGGUAGGAACGUAGAGUGAAGAGGCCAUCAUAUAUGCGUGCACACAGGUAAAUGUGUGGACCUUGAACAUGUUAAUUUUUGGUAAACAUGCACAGAAAGUGCAUUUCUGUCCACGUCUCCAGGAGCGUUGACUCUCCCUGAACGAACUACGGCUUCAGUGAAGUGAAGGGGAUCCUGACCCCGCCUUUGGUCGUUCUUCACAUAUAGAAACGGUAGUUCUCUGCACUAUUUCAACUCAAAAAGACAGCACGAGUGCCGUACCCCACCGAAAGAGGUUCGCCUGCGAAGAGAAAACAAAUUCUGUAGAUUUGAAAAGAUGGCCUCUUGUCUAUGUGUUUUCCGCUAUUUUACUCUAUAGAUAAAAAGGGGGAAGAUAGACCGCUGUGGCAUUUUUGCUUGAGGAACUCUCGCUUCGAUGUGGCCCGUUUUUGAGUAUCUUGGAGAGAAAGGAGGGGUUUGAGGGAUCGUUUUGCUGCACACUUCUCUUGCCUGUUGAUGUGGCCGUUAUUUCGAGUCGUCGACGCUUCAAGUGGCAGAGUAUGUAGUAUGUUCAUAUGCCACUUUCAAACACAUAGAUGGUUCGAGUUUUUUGGUGUCGAGUGAAGAGUCUACAAAGGGGAAAAGGUCCUACGGCGUACAACAAAAGUGUUCCGAAGUGGUGCCGUUUUGACUGACAAGCUGUUGUUGGUGGGGCACUAUAUAUCGUGUACAGUUAACGCGCUUUUUGUCGGGCGCGAUUUUUUUCAGUUCAUUUAAGCGCGACUUGAACUUCGCUGCUAUCGUUAGUGUCUCUAUAAGGAUCUUGUAUCAAGGACAAA